AUGAGCGCUCCUAGUGCGCAGGCGCCACCUGUCAGCAACCGCCUCUCCCCUCAGCGCGCGCCGCCGCUUCGUUUUAACCCCUGGACUGCCGGAAGCUGGCAGUGUGCGUGCGCCUCGGGCCGCCGCCCCCUCCCGGGGCUCCUUCCUGGCGCUGAGACCGCGCUUGCUGGGGGGCGGGGCGGGGCGGCGAAGGGCUCGAAAGCGGCCGGCGGAGUGAGGAGUCCUCGCUCCCCUGAGAGACAACCAUUUUAUGAGGAAAAACAGAACUCAACUGAAGUACAAGCGCCCACUGAGAGUUCACAGACUGUACGAGAUGUCUCUGCAACAGAAACCAGCAACCAUGUGGCAGAAGAUGAAAUAAAAUCCCAAGAAUUAAAUCUGGAGGAGCAACUGAAAAGCUCAAAAAAUGUGAUGAUGGACUUGAGCACUGAAGUCCUAGGGAAUAUGGUAUUUAGAAAACCUGCAAGAGUGACUUUUAAUUUAGAGGAAACUGAACAGAAAUCAAAGCUAGAACAAGCAUGGAGGAAAAAUCUUUUCGAAAGAAUAGAGGCAAGAGCCCAGGCACUGCAACAGAAAAUAUUAGAUAAGGAUAAUCUGAAGAAGGAAUUAGAAAAAAAAUCUGAAAAACUCUUCCCCAGGGAUAAUUUGGCCAAAGAAUGGUUUAAUACUGAAAGCGUGACUCUGAGUACUCGUACAUAUUUGCUUGACAAACUUCUACCCACCUUAGUUCUUGCAAUGGAAAAAACGUUAGCACAACGAGAAAAGAAGCUUUUGACUGAAGCUGCUCAUCCAACUAAAUUUGAUCCAAUUAUACAUUUGGGAGAAUGCUUAAUGAGAAACAAUCCUAAUUAUAUCAAAGACCCGGGAAUGUCUGGAUACCAGAAGGUGAUGAGAGAGGUCACAGAAAACCUGAAGAUACAUGUUCCUGACACUAUCUGCAACAGAGCUUCCAAAUUGAAGGAGCAUAUUAAACAGAAAAGACAACAAAGGAAGUACCUGCACACAGUCAAAGCCAAGGUGGCUGACAUGCGGAAACAGGCUUUGCAGGAACAGUUUGAUGAGUGGAUUCUAGACCCCAAAGGACUGAUUCCUACAGCAGUGAUUCAAAACGUUCUUCAUGAAUUUUUUAAAAGACCAGAUUUUGAGCUUGAAUUAUAUUGCAAGCAAUUGGAUAUUACUGACUCAAUGGAACCAAGAUUGAGCAAAGCAGAAUUCACAGAAUACAUCUCUUUAUGGGCUGCAGAUCUUAAAAGUGAAAUUUUUGAGGAACUCCUUCAGCACCUUUGCCACUCUGCAGAUGAAUUCCGGGAGAUCAUAAAAACUGACAUGCAGAGACAGAUGUUUGUAGAACUUUUCCUGUAUUGUGACCAUGGGAAGGUAGGGAUUUUGGAUCGGCAGAGAACAUUGGCCUUGCUGGAAGAGUUCUAUGACCAAAGUUCACAAACACUUAGGAGUUUACUCCGAAACCCAAGACAGUGGCCAUUCAUUGAGUUUGAAGAGAUAAAUUUGCUUGAGUUCUGGGGAGACACGGAUAAUCAGAAACACAUUUAUGAAGACUUUGAUGAAGUGUUCUUAAACAUGAAUGCAUUACUUUCUGAAAAAUAUAACAAAACCCUAAAUCAAUCAUUAGAGGACCCAAAAGAUCAACCAGAAUAUGAUGAGCAGAGGACAUCAACAGCACCACCACCUCCACCCGAACAACAAGAGGGAAAAAGUGCAGAUCUGGAGUCACCAAUAAUUUCAAAUGAAGAACAAGGCAGAGAGUUUAAUGCUGAGCAAAAAUUGUACAGAGAUGCAGUAAUAGAACAGGGACCUGACACAGAAUCAACUCUAGAACCAGAGUCAAAUAGAGAAUUAACAGAGGAACAUAGACCACAGAGAGGGUCAACUGCAGAGCAAGGGUCACGCAGAGAAUCAACUGCAGAACAAAGACCACAGAGAGGGUCAACUGCAGAGCAAGGGUCACGCAGAGAAUCAGCUGCAGAACAAAGACCACAGAGAGGGUCAGCUGCAGAGCAAGGGUCACGCAGAGAAUCAGCUGCAGAACAAAGACCACAGAGAGGGUCAGCUGCAGAGCAAGGGUCACGCAGAGAAUCAGCUGCAGAACAAAGAUCACAGAGAGGGUCAGCUGCAGAGCAAGGGUCACGCAGAGAAUCAGCUGCAGAACAAAGAUCACAGAGAGGGUCAACUGCAGAGCAAGGGUCACGCAGAGAAUCAACUGCAGAACAAAGACCACAGAGAGGUUCAGCUGCAGAGCAAGGGUCACGCAGAGAGUCAGUAAUGGAACAAGGACCAUACAGAGACUCAACUGCAGAGCAUGGGUCACGCAGAGCAUCAGCUGCAGAACAAAAAGUGCAAAGAGGGUCCACUGCAGAGCAAGAGUUACUCACAGAGUCAGUGGAAGAACCACACACCGAGUCAGAACAAAGACCACACAGAAAGACAACUUCAGAACAACAGGACGGAGUCGCAGCUUCACAAUCAGCAACAGGUGAAGUUUUGUCUUCUACCUGGAGGAUGAAGUAUGUCAAAUUCGAAGAUGAGGAACAAGCAAACUUAAUCUAUGGUAACUCCAGGUUCACAGAACUACACUCAAUUAUCAGAAGUAUUCAGUCUUUCAAGGAAGUAAAAGGCAGGAGUAUCUUCAAUGGAAGUUCCUUUGAUCUACUCCAGUUUGUACAAUUCCUAGAGACGUUUGUUGGUGAAGAUGUACCCUUGAGUGCCAGUGAGACCCUCACUUCUUUUUUUAAGAAGGGCUAUGUUGAAACAAAAGAAGAGAAAAUGAAUGCCUUAGAAAAGGUUAGACAAAAUGCUUUCCAGAUCCGACAGGGACUUCUCUUAAAAGCCCUUUUUCAGAAAUGGGACAGUGAUGGCUCAGGAUUCCUGGAUCUAGAAGAAAUUGAUAAAAUCUUACAUGCAUACAAGGAUGGAAUGGAAAAAGGAUCUAUGAAGAAAGCUAAGCUACAUAUCCAGUUUCCAAAGCCACGUCCUGGUCAUGAAGUAAAGUUGUCUUCAAAACAGUUUCAGAAAUACAUAGAACUGGUUGUAUCUGAACUCAGGGGUGAUGAAUAUCAAGUUCUGGAAAGUGUUGUGGAAUUUCUGAUGAACUCUGUGGAGAAGAGCCAUACUGAGAGUCUGAGGAAUUGUGCAAGAUGGAAAUGGUUGCAUCAAAUUCAACAUGCUGCAGAGACAAGUGGGGUAUCUCUGGAGCCAGUGUACACUGAGACCUUCAAGACUCUCAACCAGGAUGCGGAAGUCCAUGGAAAUAAAAAGAUAAGUGCUCACAUUUCCCUCUUGGAAGAAAACCGACUUCUACCAGAUAGAGGGACCAUUUUAUUGAGAAAUGUGGCUUGCACCCUAGAUGAUGCUCCAUUUGUAUUGAACAAAGUGCUCUACCAGGAUAUGAAGGGAAUCAGCUUUACAGUAGUGGAUGAAGGGAAGCCAAUUCAUGUCCCACAAGUUCAGUAUCAUGGAAAUGUCUUUUUCUGGGACAAUUCUAAGAAGAAUGAUUGUAAAGGGUCAUUCCUGGCUCUGCCUCUCCAGGAUGCAUAUAUGAGGGUCUUUGGAGUCCUGGCUGUUGACACUCUUAGAGAUCCCCAUGAAAUAAACAUCUUCCUGCCUCACGAGAUCAGAUUCUAUCAGGGUGUUGCCAAUGUCUUCAGCAAUGCUUACCACUAUGUUCACAGCAGGGAGCACAUCUUGCAUGUUGUGAUCACUGGCAUUGGCUGGCUGCUCAGCAACACUUCCAGCAUUGUCUCCAUCACUACCUAUUUUGUUGAGGCCAGCCCAAACCAGGAUUCAGACUAUGUUUUACGCAAAAUGAUGGCCACAGGGCAACAGGGUCUAACAGAAAUCCACGCCAAUCCUCCUACCAUUCUCAGGAAGUCAUGCAUCUUCAGAGAUUUCCUUUUUAAAUGUAUAGACAGUUCUGAAGUUGUUUUGGCCUCUGUCUAUGGGGAGACCCACAUAGUAAUUCCGCUUCGUGAGAGAACAGGAGAGGCUCUGGGACUCCUUGAUGUUAACAUUGGCCACACCAAAAUGUUGUUAUACCAAGAAUAUAAAGAUCUACAGAAAAUGACAAAGAUGAUCCAUGCUGCCUGCUCUGAAAUACUGGGAGAAUUCUCCGGAGAAAUAAAGAAAAACAUUGUUUUAGAAAUUGAAAAAACAGGGGAAGUCCAAAGAGCAGGAAUUCUCUUUUUCCGAGUCAUGCUGCAGGAGCUGCAGCAAUGCUUCCAACUACUCAGUCCCAUGGACUUCGUGUCAGUCUUGAUUUACGAACAUAAACCUCAAGCAGAGCCAAAGUCUCCUCAAGACGGCAAGCCCCAGGAGUUUGAACUCAACAUAAAUCUAAUACGUGACAUUCUGAAAGGAGUUAUUUUAGUCUUUCAUCCAGAGUUGGAAUUUUCAGAUGACUUUGGAAGCUGGGAUCAGUGUAAACUUUAUGUUAACAAGUAUUUAGUGGACCGUAUUUGUUCCUUUGACCCAACUGCUAGCCAUAUGAAAGUUAAUUUACGGGUUAUUGAUGAAAAUAUCAGAGAUCAUUCUCGAAUUGAAGUAUGGAAAUUUGGAAAUAUUGUUAUCGAACUCCUGUACCACUGGUUGCACAUCUGUUCAGCUCUCAUAAAGCUAACCCAAAAACUGGACGGUUCUAUUAGACCUCCAUUUCCCUCCAAGUCUGACCAACAUAUGUAUGCCAAAAUGCCAGGGGAAACUUGAUCAGGAAAAUCCUAGCAGAAUUGGUACUCUAUUUAGGAUACAGUGCUUUGAUAAUGUCCAUUGCUGUUAACUUUAAAAUAUCUUCAAGUGCAAAGAGUGAAGUUUAGACAUAUUUGGGACCUAGACAUUUCCUUUAGUACUUUUUAAAAUCAGAAGUGCUACCUAUGCAGAAAUUUUGUCUAAGAAAUAAUCCGGUUAAGGUAACUACAACCAAAUGUAUUUAAGAGUAUUAUAAAAUAUGUUUGAAGUCCCCUUUGUGAUGUGAGCUUUGGAUAUGCCAAAGAGACUACAAUAGUUGAUUGGGUAUUUUUCACUCUUUUGUGGUACAAACUACAGAAAACUGUGGAUUUAUAUAAAAAUACCGGGUUUUUAUUUUUUAAAUCAAAAGAGUACCAAAUAAUAAAAAUUUUAAGAAAUACA